CUCUAUAGCUCCAGCAUUCUUUCAAUCCUUUGCCGUGGGGGUGAGAGAGAGAGAGCAUCUGUUCAUCCAAACCUAGCUCAUGUUGUCCAAGGAGUUGCUGGAGUAACAACUUUCAUGCGUAUGCAAGCAAGGGAGGGGCGCAAGGAGCUCGACUUUCCCCAUGCUCCAACUCGCUGUCAUGAACGUAUGGACUCAAGCGCACAGCACUCUGUGCUGAGUGGCCAGGCUCCAGGCGAGAACAUCCAGCCAACCGCAGGACGGGGAGGCCAUCCAUUUCGCUGUCGUGGACACAACCACACCCAGCACUCAGACUGGACCUCACUUCUCCACUGGGACCGCAGCGGCACGAAACAACGUAUCGGGAGGAAGACGAUGAUGGAGAUAAAACAAAUAGAGAUUGAACUGCUCAAGCUACGCCUUGGCUCCCUCGGACGGGGCCUUCUAUGGCUGGCUGGCUGGCUGGCUGGGCCGGGUGGAGGUCGAGUUGAGCAAGCUGCGUUGCCAUGCCAUCACCGCCAUUCAGAGGGCCAAAGGGACGAUGAUAACUCUGAUGGCUUUUUCCGAAUAAUGUUCGUUAAGAGGUCGACUACCUAUCACAUCCGCUCUAGGCUGUUGCUUCACUGUAUGUAA